UCCUGUAGGCGAGAGGGGGGGACACGGUGCAUGCCCUCUGAAAUCAAACAUUUCCAAAGUAUUAGCGGUCACCAUAAAGUUUAGGAGAGAUGUUGAGCGACGUCCAACCUUUAAAACCUGUAUAUGCAGGAAAAUUCACUGACACUGAUCCAGUGCUGGAUACAGCGGGGAAAUUGGUACCUAUUACUGGGAGAGUUGUGGACUGUCUGACAGAAGUCCAGCCCAGGCCUGUUACCCCACCUGUAGUAAAGAAGUUUUUGAAUACUAGCAGUCCCAAACCUGGUAAAGCCACAAUUUUCUAUGGCAAAGCAACUGAUCCUGAUGUUGCCACACAAAUGGAACAUGGGCUCCCGAGCAAAAUCUCUACAUCUGCUGCAUCAUUGUUAAAUCCACCACUGAGGACUCGAGUUCAGCAAAUGUUUUUCGACAAAAUUACCGCAGCAUAUCCAAGUAAUCAGCGAGGUCCAUUGGGAAAGUCUCAUGAUCAAUCACCAGGUUUACCGAAAGGGAUGGACAUACAUAAUACUACGUUUGGCAGAAAAGGAGUCAAAGAUAUCACCGCUGGAGAGCUUGUAAAUCCACCAAAGACUCGACGACAAGUUUAUGAAGAAUCACAGGCAGGGCAUUCACUUUAUGUCACGACACACAAUGCUUACAAUGUUGGGGAGCAAAGGGAUAGAAAUUAUGAUUGGUCAAGACACAGCAAAUAUAGUGCAUUUGGAAUAGAGACUCCUUACUUUAAUGAUGGAAGAUUAACGGCAAAAUCAUUACAAUGGUUAACUGAUGUACAACAACGAAAUUCUGCAAAGAUCAUAUCAAAAAAGGUUGAUGACUUCAGAGAAAAAACACAACAUCAAAUUGGAAAAGUCCUUGAUCCAAAUGCAGAUACUCGGAAAAUUCCUCCUGAUCACACAUUUGGUGUUUUACUACAUCCUGAUAAGUACGGUGUUGGGGACCUUAUUUACUACAGAAAUCCUGCCACCUUCCUCCGAGGGAAUGAUAGGGAUCAAGGUAUCUUCAAUACACUCCGCCAGCAUUUGAUGAAAGCUAACUACCACAAUUUCAAAUCACUUCUUGAAGCUUUUCGACAUUACGACAAGAACGGUGAUGGACAAAUUGACCGCGAAGAACUACGAGAUGUCUGCAUACAGUUUAACUUAAAUUUAGACCCCAAAUUGAUUGACCAAUUAAUUGAAUACUGUGAUACUGAAGGGAAAGGAACAAUUAACUUCUUGGAGUUUGCAAAUUUUCUGAAUUGGAAAGAUAAAAUGCCUUUGGGAGAAAUUGAACAAAAGAUUAUUACAAAAGGAAACUUGCCAACUGAAGAAGGCAGUGGGCUGGUCGCAUCUGAAGAUAUUAUCCCAUUAGAUAUUGGAAGCUCUGCCAAGACGCUCAGAACUAUAACUAGAAAGGAAGAUAGGUCUAAUGGACAUUAUUGGAAAACGUCGUCAUUGAUCAAUGGAGUUGUAGGGAGUUAUUCACCAUCUGAUUAUCAAACCUAUGGUGUACCUACAAUACGUACUGAUUUGGCAGCCCCUCGCUUUCGUCGUAUCAGUGAUACAACUAACUAUGGUGAUGAAGCAACUGCUUCUGCAUUGCUAAAUCCUUCUGUGUUUGCCCAGAGGGAGGUUUUCGAGAAGGAUAUGUUCAUGGAUAGAUCCAAGGAAGAGAUUAAGAGAAUAUUUUGUAAGGUUGGAGUGAACAUGUCAAAGGAAACAUUUGAAGAGGUCUGGAAGCGUGCUGCCAUGAAACAUCCGAAAGGAGAAGUUAGUGUGGAGACUUUCCGGAAUGUUCUGGAUGAGAUUCAGACAGCACAAAUUCUAACUUGUUGACCAAUGAAAUUUUUUUUUCACAGAAUUUCAGGCCUUUUAAAUUAAAUGUGUGGAGUUUUGGAAUUGUGCACACAAGUCUACAAGUCCAAAGAGCUGGUUUAAAGUUAUUAUUAUAUCUUUAAACUUGUGAAUGGGGUGUAAUUUUUAUCAUCAAUCUUUUGGUCAUCAUAUUACUUGGAUAAAAAUAAAAUACCAAACAUUCAAAUGAAUAUAUAACAUCGUAGCAUUUGGAGCAUGACUCUCUAUGUAUUACUUUUAUUGUAGUUGGGCAUUAUGAAUAUUUGGAUAUGACAAAUUUCAUGCAGCUAAUUUAAGCAUCAUACAAAACAUUAAUGCUUUACAUUCAAUUUUGUUUCAAGUGUAAAAAAAAUUAUAGGAAUUGUCAUAACAUUUGAAUAAUGUGUCUUUGUAUCUAAUGUCUGAGCUUUUAUUAAAACAGAGUGCAUUUUGCAAAGUUUUUCAAAAUCCAAAACAUUUCAGCUGAGAACUCACUGCGUGGCAUUUCAAUUUAAACUUGCUCAAUUAUCAAAUAAAUUUAAGAAUAUGCUGUUUCUUCACAACAAUAAACAGAAAAAAAACAUUUUUCACAGAUGUUAUCAUGAUCAUUGCCAUUGAAAGUUGGAAGAUCUGUGAAUAUCUCAUAGAAAUGGAAUGAAUGGUGAUUGAUUGGGAAAUGCUGAUGGAAGAUCAACACUCUUGUAAUGAAUACUAAACUGUCUGACCAUAUGCUUUUGGUGACAACUAAGGACUUUUUACAGAAUCUCUAAUUUGGCAAAAAUAAUGCAAUAGCUGUUAAACAAUUGGUCAUUUAAACAGCAUGCACUCUCUCAUUUGGGACACUGGUUCAAUGGAUGAAAAAUCAUCAUCUGGUUCAUCCUCAGAGCCCUGGAAAUGCAAUCCUCAAACUGUUGUGAGCUUGGAGUUGUGAUUUGUAUAACUGGUAGAUUUCAGAUCUUCUUAGUGAAGACCAAAUGUCUUGCACAUUGUUUCUCACUGUGUCCCAAGUGAGCGAAUUGCUCCCAAUACAUCCUGGCUGGAUAUGACCACCUGUUGAAAGCCCUUCUCUCUCUGCUCCUCCACCCAAGCAGAAUGCUUGUCUUGUCCCUUGUGGCUUCUGCUUAUUGUCCUGGUCAUGCUCUAUCCUCAGGAAAGUCUGGUAAUGUAACUAUAUCUGGGAGUGCCAGCUUUUGCAAAUGACUAUACCCUGCAAAUACACUAUCAACAGUUUUACUGCAUCUCAAUCCCCAACAGGAUAUCAAGGUUUGCAUCCCACCUACCAAGUCAAGCUACACAUCACAAUAAUCAGUCUUUUGGGCUCCAUAAAAUCCUGUGUCCCUCACCCCCCACCACCAUUGAUUGUGGAGGAGAAUACU